AUGGUUUUGGAUCAGUUUCAUAGUUUAGCUGUAUUGCCUGCGGAUGCUGUAUUUGAUGUGCGGCUGCGGUAUAUGAAGGAUGAUAGAGGGUGUAAAGUUGACUUGGGUAUUGGUGCGUAUCGGGAUAACAACGGGAAACCGUGGGUUCUUCCUUCGGUGAAGCUUGCGGAGGAUCGGGUGCGUUCUGACGAGAAUUAUGACCACGAGUACUUGGGUAUUUCUGGGUUUCAACCGUUGACGACUGCGGCCGUCAGGGUUUUGCUGGGCGAGGGUUCGCAGGCAUUGGACGAGGACAGAGUUGUGUCGGUGCAGUCGUUGUCUGGGACUGGGGCGUUGCAUCUUGCGAUGAGACUUUUGUUGGCGACGUUGCCUAAGUCGUUGGUGUAUUUUUCUAGUCCUACGUGGGCGAACCAUUAUGCUUUGAGUAAGACGCAGGGGUUGGAAACGGCGACUUACCCAUAUUGGGAUAGUAUUACUAAGUCGAUUGACAUUGAGGGGUUUUUGAAGGCGAUCAAUGAUGCGCCCAGCGGUUCAGUUUUUGUUUUGCAUGCGUGUGCGCAUAACCCUACUGGUAUGGAUCCUACUGCAGAACAGUGGGAUAUGAUCUUGGACGCUAUCGCGUCCAAGGGCCAUGUCGCAUUAUUUGAUGUUGCGUACCAAGGGUUUGCAACGGGUGACUUGGAUAGGGAUGCAUUUGCAGUGCGUCUAGGGUUGAAGAAAUUGGCCCACAACACCCCGGUUUUGAUAUGCCAGUCGUUUGCCAAAAAUGUAGGGAUAUAUGGGGAGAGAGUCGGUGUGUUCCACAUUGUGGUACCAAGGCAGGACCCUGCGGAUGUGGCUAAGCUCAAGAUGGCGCUAUUGUCCCAGUUGAACUUAAUAACCCGUUCCGAGGUUUCCAACCCUCCAGCAUACGGUGCCAAGGUCGUUGCCAAAGUGCUAAACACCCCAGAAUUGACUAAACAGUGGCACCAAGACAUGCUCACUAUGUCAAACAGAAUUAAGAAGAUGAGACAUGUUCUGCAUGACAAGUUGGUGGAAUUCCAAACACCUGGUAACUGGGACCACAUUAUUAGACAAUGUGGCAUGUUCUCCUUCACAGGCUUAACAAAAGAAAUGGUGGAACGUAUGGAGAAAGAACAUGCAGUAUACCUCGUAUCUAGCGGCAGGAUUUCCAUUGCAGGCUUAAACGAUAAGAAUGUAGAGCAUGUUGCCAAAGCGAUUGACAGUGUUGUCCGCCAUUUUGCUUCGUCUAAGCUCUAA